AUGGAAGUUACAUCAUAUUUUCGAACCUUACUAUAUUGGCUUAAAUUUAUCUUGGGUUUCUACAGGUCACCUGAGCCUUCUGGGACUAUUCCGAAUGAGUUUAAAUCCAGCUCCAUCAAAAGCAGCAGCCAAAAGAAACUAACCAGAAAGGAUUUGCGGCUGCACAAACUUGUUUUUGAGGAUGAUAUACUGCCAGAUGGGACCAAAGUGGGUUAUUUUGUUGCUGGAAAGAAAAUGCUUGUCGGCUACAAGAAGGGAUUUGGGAUACAUUGUUCUUGUUGCAACAAAGUGGUCAGUCCUUCAGCGUUUGAGGCCCAUGCUGGCUGUGCAAGUCGUCGGAAGCCAAAUACAAGAGACUGAGGAUUGUUAGAGUGAAACUACUUCGGAAACCUGAAAACAAGAACCAUUCUUUCUUCUCUAUGGUUGCAUUCUGUAUAGACAAAGAACAUACACACCUAUACACAUACGUUAUAAAAUUAUACAUUAAACCUUGGUACAUUG